UUCACAGUUACAUGUUGUUAAAUUCCAGCAAUAAGAUAUAAUUACUUGAAAAUGAAACAAAUGAAUGUGCAACUAAAACAAAGUAGUUUUUAAAACGCUCAGUGAAUUCAUUAACAAAGGAAAAAGGAGCCGCAUUCCAUUGGUACCAAUACAAACCUGGCGCAUUCCGGCAACAGUAUGCGACGCAAUAAUUAUCCGUAUCAACCCCUUAACCAAACGGCAGGUCAAAGUGCUUUACCACACGACGCGCUAGAAGAGGAGAACGAACGCGCUGCUGAAGAACUAAAACAUAAAAUAGGUGCACUUAAGUCAUUAACUAUAGAUAUUGGCAACGAAGUUCGCUAUCAGGACAAGUUGUUGCGUGGUAUCGAUGAUGACAUGGAUAGAACGGGUGGAUUUCUCGGUAAUACAAUGGCACGAGUGGUACGCUUAGGGAAGCACAGUGGUGGCCGUCAUAUGUGUUACAUGUUUCUUUUUGUAUUGUUUGUAUUUUUAAUAUUAUACGUUGUCAUUAAAAUUAAGUGAACCGAUUGCUCUAAUUAAAUUAUAAUGAAAGGUUUAGUUGAAUUAUUACUUGAAAUGAAUGUAAAACUUUCGAUGUGUUGUGAGCUACUGAAAUGCAGCCAAACUUGUGACUGUUAAAAAAAGAGCUAUUAACAACUGCGAUUACUAUGUAUUAUAGAGAAAACUAUUUUUGUAAACAUAAAAAAUAUAUAUUUGUUAGAUUUUUUAAAUGUAAAUAAAAUCUAAAAGAGCAUAACCUACAAACUAGUUAUAAGUAUUGUAAAAGAAUUUAUGUACCAUCAUCAUUACACUGCACGAUUUCUUAGCUUAA